CCCAAGGGCACCAUGUGUGCCUCGAGGCUCUACACCUUGGUAUUCGUGCUGCAGCCUCAGCGAGUCCUCCUGGGCAUGAAGAAACGAGGCUUCGGGGCCGGCCGGUGGAACGGCUUCGGAGGCAAAGUUCAAGAAGGAGAGACCAUCGAGGAUGGAGCCAAGAGGGAGCUGCAGGAAGAGAGUGGUCUGACCGUGGACGCGCUGCAGAAGGUGGGCCAGAUCGUGUUUGAGUUUGUGGGCGACCCCGAGCUGAUGGACGUGCACAUCUUCUGCACAGACAGUGUCCACGGGACACCAGUGGAGAGCGACGAAAUGCGCCCCCAGUGGUUCCAACUGGACCAGAUCCCCUUCGCUGACAUGUGGCCCGAUGACAGCUACUGGUUUCCCCUCCUGCUUCAGAAGAAGUUGUUCCGCGGCUCCUUUAAGUUCCAGAGUCACGACACCAUCCUGGACCACAAGCUUCGCGAGGUGGACACAGUCUAGGACAGAGCUGAGCUCGUCCCUCGGUCUGUCUGGCGCAUGAUUGGAUGGAAAGGAAA